UAUUUCAAACUAUCUCCACUUUAGUCCACUUUCUCUGUCUUCUUUUCCAUUAUCAGUCGUUCUAUUUUCCAUUUCCCAAUAUCUCUCUCUAAUUUUACCUCUUUCUCCCUCCAUUUUCUCCGAUUGAUCGCCGGAAUAUCCUAUCCCGUCCGAUCACCGUCUUUACUCCCUUCCGUCCAUCAUGUUUCAUUCUUCCGAUCCACCGGUUCACUUUCUCCGCUCUCUCAAAUUCAUUCAAUAGAUCCAAAUUUGAAAAAAUACUCGCACAUUCAUAUGAACAUCAAUUGCUUGUAGAAUUAUAAUUCUUAUUGAACUAAAAAUGUUUGUUCAUAUUGUUCAAGUUUCUCAGCUCUAUCAAAUUCAUUCAAUAGAUCCGAAUUUGAAGAAAAAUUAAUUGCUCGUAGAAUUAUAAUUGUUAUUGAACUAAAAAUUCUCAACGAGAACAUAAAACUUUUUGUUCAAACUCUCAAAUUCAUAAAAUUCGCACAUUGCAUGAAAUCAAUUGCUCGUAGAAUUAUAAUUAUUAUUGAGCUAAAAAUUCUCAACUGAGAAUAUAAAUAUUGUUGUUGUUAGUUAUGCUUUAGUUUUUUUUUUUUUUUUUUGUAUUUUUAGAAGAAAAAAUGUUGAAUAAAAUUAUUAAGCGAGGGAAUAAGAAGGUACCGAAAUCGGAUGCGUCGGAUUUUGGUAUAGUUCCGUCGGGUAAUCGGAGUUCUGGUUCAGUUUCGACGUCUAAUGUGGUUGUUAAUCAUGCUUCUAGAGGUACUGUAGCUGGUGUUGGCGUUGGAAUGCCGAGUAAUUCGGUUACACAGCAGCAGCAGCAACAGACAGUGAUAAUUGCAGCUACAGUGCCGGAACCAGGAGCAAUUGAGGCGCUUCCAUUGUUGAAAGAUGUACCAAUGUCUGAUCGCCAGAGUUUUGUUUUAAGGAAACUACAGGUUUGUUGUUACCAAUUUAAUUUCAUUGAUACGAUGAAAAUGGUUAAGGAAAAAGAGAUAAAAAGACAAACUUUAGUAGAACUUGUUGAUUGUGUACAAUCAGGUGGUGUGAAAAUAAGUGAGAGUAAUCAGGAAGAAAUGGUGAAAAUGAUAGGUGUUAAUAUAUUUAGAUGCUUGCCUCCUGCGUCUCAUGAGAAUACAGGGUCGGAAAAUGUUGAACCUGAAGAGGAAGAACAGUAUCUCGAGCCUUCAUGGCCGCAUUUACAGUUGGUAUAUGAGUUGUUGUUGAGGUAUAUAGUUUCGUCAAAUACUGAUACGAAGGUUGCUAAAAGGUUUAUUGAUCAUUCGUUUGUGUUGAAGUUAUUGGAUUUGUUUGAGUCUGAGGAUCCGAGGGAGAGGGAUUAUUUGAAAACGAUUCUUCAUAGGAUAUAUGGGAAGUUUAUGGUGCAUAGGCCGUUUAUAAGGAAGGUGAUUAAUAAUAUCUUUUAUAGGUUUAUAUAUGAGACAGAGAGGCAUAGCGGGAUAGGUGAACUUUUGGAGAUUUUAGGGAGUAUUAUAAAUGGUUUCGCGUUGCCAAUGAAAGAGGAACAUAAGCUUUUUCUUGUUCGAGUUCUCAUACCGCUACACAAGCCGAAACCAAUUGGAAUGUAUCAUCAGCAGUUGUCGUAUUGUAUUGUUCAGUUUGUCGAGAAGGAUCACAAGUUGUCUGAUACAGUUAUAAGGGGUUUGUUGAAAUACUGGCCUGUUACUAAUUGCCAAAAGGAAGUUCUCUUUAUUGGGGAACUCGAAGAAGUUCUGGAAGCCACGCAAGCUGCUGAAUUUCAACGCUGCAUGGUUCCUAUGUUUCGACAGAUUGCUCGUUGCCUUAACAGCCCACACUUCCAGGUUGCGGAACGAGCCUUAUUUUUAUGGAAUAAUGAGCACAUUGUGGGUCUGAUUGCCCAGAAUCGGAAUGUUAUUUUACCAAUAAUUUUUGAGGCUCUGGAAAAGAAUAUAAGGAGUCAUUGGAAUCAGGCAGUCCAUGGGCUGACUGUUAAUGUCCGCAAAAUGUUUCUUGAAAUGGACGCUGAUUUGUUCGAGGAUUGUCAGAAACAGUAUGCCGAGAAAGCAGCUCAGGCUACUGAGCUGGAAAAGCAGCGAGAGUUGAGAUGGCAGAGAUUAGCAGAUGCUGCCGGACAAGGAAGAUGAUGACAGGCAUUGCAGCAGGGUGUAAUUCAAGUAUGUAUUUCGAUAAUCAUUAGUUGUGUGCUGCAGCUCAAGAAUGGUUUGUAGAAGUAUCUUGUGUAUUUUGUUCUAUAAUUUUCGUCGAGAGAAUUUUUUCUUCUUGCUAACACUCUGGAGCACGAAAUUAGGUUAUUUAUACAGUUGAUUUACAGUAAUCAGGAGAGGAAUGACAAAAGGCCAAAGAAAAGCAGAUUCUGCAGUAAUCACUAGGCAUUUUUCUUUUGUUCCUUCUCUUGAAAGAAGUGUAUCUCUUUUUGGUUUGUCUUUUUUGUUGUAUCAUGAACUUGAAUUUGAUCGGUAGGAAGUUGAUUUACUUGGCA